UAACACUCGCACAUCAGAGCUGUGUCCGCCACCUUGUCGGACGUGAACUGAGUGUUGAUGGUAUUUAUUUGCGUGAAGGUAUUGGUUCAACGAUGAUGCGACUCUUCCAACUUGUGCUGCCAUUCUUCGUGGCUGUCCAGGGCUACACAGCAUGUAAUUGGGGCUUAUAUGGCGAGCACUGCAACCUAACAUGCCCCCAGAACUGUGCCCGUCUUUCUCCGCUUGAUGUUCCCUACUGUAACACGGACACGGGGAAGUGUUCUGAGGGAUGCCAGCGUGGUUGGCAUGGUGAUCUGUGUAAUCAAGACUGCAGCCGGAACUGUCUAGAACAGAGAUGCAACCAUCAAACUGGGCACUGUACACUUGGCUGCAGUGGAACUAACACAGGCUUUUUUUGUGAUGAUACUGGAGACUGUGGUCGUGGCUGGUAUGGCGAUCUGUGUCAACAACCCUGCAGCAUCAACUGUCUGGAGGAAAGAUGCCACCACACAACUGGAGCCUGUAUACUUGGCUGCAGUGGGACUUACACAGGGGAGUUUUGCAACACUACAAAAGUUGUGAACAACAAGGAAGACGCAAACAGCCUGGAUGCCAUACUGGAACUUGUCUCACUGCGUGUAGCAGUCGCAGUCACAGUCACAGUUGCAGUCGCAGUCGCAGUCGCAGUCGCAGUCACAGUCACAAUCAUUGUGUUCAUAAGAUGGCGGAGAAGAAAGAACAGUUCCCAAAGUCCGGACAGAUGUGGAGGAAGUGUUGAGGAAGAUAAGCAACAAAACUAGGGUCGUGUGACGAUUAUUGUUGCACCAGGAGGAGGAAAGACAACUAUUGCCUAUAGGAGACUAUUUUUUUA